AAAGGAACGUGCGGCUGCGACCCUGUGGGUCAGCCGCAGGGCGUGUAGGGGGUAGGCUGGCGUGGCGCUGGCUCCAGGGAUAUGGAGCCGCCGGAGCGGGGACUGAUUAUCAGAAUCCUAUUCUAUGAAUUCAGACACUCAGGUAUCCUCCAUAGUAUUGGGUCCUGCACCUUCUGUUCAGAUACCUGUUGCAGAUGAAGAUGCUUUUGGAGACCAUGGGGACUCUGCCAGUCUUGGUGCCAUCAACCCUGACUACAGUAAUUCCUCAGUUCCUCAGUCCUCCGGGGGCGUCUCAGAGGAGCCCUUCACCACCUACCUGGAUGAGAAUCACGCUGUUCCUGAGGAGAAGUACUCUUGUUUUAGCUUUCGUAAACUCUGGGUCUUCACAGGACCAGGACUUCUUAUGAGCGUUGUGGAUCCAGGAAACAUUGAGUGUGAUUUGCAGUCUGGAGCACUGGCUGGAUUUAAGCUGCUGUGGGUUCUUCUGCUGGCCACCAUUGUUGGGGUCCUGCUCCAAACGCUUGCAGCUAGGCUGGGAGUGGUCACCGGGCUUCAUCUUGCUGAAGUGUGUUACCGUCAGUAUCCUAGGGUUCCACGAAUCCUUCUGUGGCUGAUGGUGGAGCUGGCUAUCAUUGGUGUAGAUAUGCAAGAAGUUAUUGGCUCAGCUAUUGCCAUCAAUCUCCUGUCUGCAGGAAGGAUUCCACUAUGGGGUGGAGUUCUCAUCACCAUUGCAGAUACACUUGCAUUUCUCUUUUUGGACAGCUAUGGUUUGCGAAAGCUAGAAGCAUUUUUUGGUUUUAUCUUCACUGUUAUGGCCCUCACAUUUGGCUAUGAGUAUGUUACAGUGAAACCCAGCCAGACCCAGGUCCUCAAAGGCAUGUUCCUGCCAUCCUGUUCAGACUGUCAUACCCCACAGAUCAUGCAGGCUGUGGCCAUUGUGGGCGCCAUCGUCAUGCCACACAACAUAUACCUGCAUUCUGCCUUAGUCAAGUCCAGACAUAUAGACCGAGCCAAAAGGCAGGAAGUUCGAGAAGCCAAUAAGUACUUCUUCAUUGAUUCCUGCAUCGCUCUCUUUGUUUCCUUUAUCAUCAACACGUGUGUCAUCUCGGUGUUUGCCGAAGCAUUUUUUGAGAAAACCAAUGAGCAGGUGGUUGCGGUCUGUAAAAACAGCAGCAGUCCCCAUACUCACCUUUUCCCAGACGAUAACUCAACACUGGCUGUGGACAUCUACAAAGGGGGUGUUGUGCUGGGGUGUUACUUCGGGCCUGCCGCUCUCUACAUCUGGGCGGUGGGGAUCCUGGCUGCGGGGCAGAGCUCCACCAUGACAGGAACCUAUUCCGGCCAGUUUGUCAUGGAGGGAUUCCUGAACCUAAAGUGGUCACGCUUUGCCCGAGUGAUUCUUACCCGCUCUAUUGCCAUCAUCCCCGCUCUGCUUGUGGCCGUCUUCCAAGACGUGGAGCAUCUAACAGGGUUGAAUGACAUCCUGAAUGUUCUUCAGAGCUUACAACUUCCCUUUGCUCUCAUACCCAUCCUAACAUAUACGAGCUUGCAACCAGUGAUGAGCGAAUUUGCCAAUGGACUAGGCUUGAGGAUCGUGGGCGGUAUCGUGGUCCUCAUCAUCUGUUCCAUCAACAUGUACUUUGUCGUGGUUUAUGUCCAGGAUGUAGGGCAUGUGGUAUUGUACGUGGUGGCUGCAGUGGUCAGCAUAGCUUAUCUGAGCUUUGUGUUUUACUUGGGUUGGCAAUGUUUCAUUGCACUGGGCAUGUCCUUCCUGGACUCUGGACACACACGUACCAUCUGGGAUUGACAGUUCAACCUGAACUCUACCUUCUGAACACCGUGGAUGCUGACUCACUUGUGUCUAGAUGACUGACAGCCGGAGGGACUAUAUAAGACCCACUUUCUCUUAGUCCUUUUGUGCCGAGUGUCCUGUUAACAUUUCUCUGUUAGUUCAGUCGUGAGUUUUGUUUAGCUGUUUUGAACUAAAGGUAAAGAUUUCCUCAUAGGGUAGAUUUCGUCACAGUGUUAAAGCUGACAGCUGUUAAGUGUAGGUCAGAGACCCACCCACCUCACAACAGUCCUACAACUGCCAGAGGUGAGUGAUUAGCCUGUGAUGGCCACACACCCCUAUGGGCUUGUGUCUGGACUUCUGGAAUUUUAAAAGUAUGUGUGUGUGUAUAUUUAUGUAAACCUGAACAGACUAGUUUGCGUGGAGUUUUAUAUAAAAAUGAUGUUUUGUAUUUUUUUUUUAAAGAAUGUUGUUCGGAUAAACCAGAUAUUUUGUCUGAAUCACAAGUGACAAAGGAAUAAGAGCACUGUUCUUUUUCAGAAUGAGCUGGUCAAGUUGACUUACUUUUAAAGUGAUACUUGACUAUGGCCAGUUAAACUUGACUUGGAUUUAAUUGACCUAUCCUUGGUAACUACUGAUACUAGCACAUCAAUUCCAAAGAAAACAUUUCUUUUAUUCUGCAGUUGUAUUUCAUCCUGGUUGCUGGCAUGCUCUGUAAUUGUUAUUUUCUUUGUUGUUAUUUUUCUUGAAUUUUUCUUCCGAGAUAUGAUGGUAUUUUCCAAAGAGCUUAACACCUAGUAACACCUAGUAAUAUCCAGAAGUCAUUCUGGAUUCUGGUCAUUCUUUAACCAAUGAUCAGCUUUCCAUGCUGCAUUGUAACUCAGCCCAUUCUAGCACUUUAGGUAUGAAAAGAAUUCUAACAUUAUGCCCAACAGAAGAUAAUGGAGAUACUAGUUUUCUUCCUAAUGUAUGUAUAGUCCCAUCUUUUCUUCCCGCUUUUUCCGUUAAUACUCAAACACCAUUUCUAGGCCAAAGUCUAUUUCCUAAUAGACUUUGGAGAUAUUUAUAAUAUUUCUAAUGCUGACUCUCCUAGGGAAUGCUAAGCAUUUAAAGUUAUUUAUACCAAGUAGUAUGAGACUAGAACUAGACUGGGACUUGGAAGAUAAGUCUGCAUGUCACAAACUGCCUGCCCACAUGUGGAUUAUAGAUUCUUUUUGGACUCCUCUUCCUAACCAGGAUUUUUUUUCCACAAAAUUUUUGUAAUCAUUUAAUACCUAAAACUUGAAAGUUUCUGCAUACUGAUCUGAUCUAAAAGUCAGAGGAUUUUGAACACCAGGCUCAUCCCCCUUCUUGGAAGUGCAGUUGGCUUACACUGAAUGGCAGUUAUCCGUUCUUAGUGUAAUACAGUCUGUGCCUUCUCUCCUUUCCUUCCGGGCCCCAAAACACUGAGUUUGCAAGCCCUGCAGCCUUUGUAUGUUUGAGCAUCAUUUUCCUCUUUCAGCAUAAACCUUGCUGCCUUAUUUUAAAACUUAGGACCUUUCAGUAAGACUUAAAAAAAAAAAAUCCAGACAUUGCCUUUGUUCAUUUAUAAUGAUUUGAUCCUUUGAGUGGCAGGGAUAUUUUUUCCAAGAUGAUUCUUUAAAAUUCCCUCGUUUCUACUUUGUGGCUUUUGAAAUUCCUGAUAAGAGCAACAGCCUUGCAUCCCAGGUUAGAGAGCUUGUGAUCUUAAAAGUAAAACUGAAUUAACAUCAUUUAUCAGCUCUUAUUUGAAAAAGAGACUUAAAAAAUGAAUUUCAGUGUUUCGUUUUCUUUAUACAGAGACAGCAACUCUAGGUAAAUCAGUUUGUUGGAUUUUUCUUCCCUCCCUGGGCAAGUGUCCAGAUGCUCAUUUCUCAGUAGUUUCAUUACCAGAGAAUGUUAGGGGAAAGAGAAAAGCAAAAAGAAUCCUGUUAUACAGCUCAUGAGAAAGAUAAGGUGGUUGGUUAAACAGAGAUUAAGUUCUUGGGGGUGUUUCUGUAGCUUAUCUCCAUCUUUAAUUGUAUGUUACUAGGAAAAGACUAGAGUUUUCAGAAGUUUAUUUAUAAGUAUACCCCUCAGGUCAUACAACUCCUGUAACCAGAAAACUUGAUAUAAAGCAAAAACUAGAUCAUGCCAAAACCAGUGGAGGAGACUGAUGUUUAAAGAUUGAGUCUUGGGUAAACAUUUUUGCUAAGUUAAGAGCAUUUAAUCAUUAUGAUUUACAAAUCUGGAUUUCUAUGAUAUGUGCUUAUAUAGACAAUAAUAUAAUCAAUCUCCCCCUUUUGACCCUACUGGGCGGCAUGCGGGAUCCCCCACCUGGAAUCAAACUGAUGUCCACCUCCAGUGAAAGUAGAGAGUCUUUACCCAAUACGUUCAGGGGAAGUCCCAAUAUAUUCAGUCUUAAGAUUAACCUAAAUGUACAUACUCACUCAAUUCCUAAGGUUUAACACUGGAGUCAAUUUUAAAAGGAUGCUCUAACAGUCAGCAGUGGCCACAGGACUGGAAAAGGUCAGUUUUUAUUCCAAUUCCAAAGAAAGGCAAUGCCAAAGAAUGCUCA